CACGUAGCGUAGAGCGCGGCGGCGUACGUCGAGGGCACGCGCCGAUCGAUACGGACCGGCGCUGCUGUACGCAUCCUCCAAGCGACCAACGCUCAGUGGACGGGUUGGGCCAACACGGCACGGCGCCCGCCCGCCCGAUUGGACGUGUUGGACCAACAUGAGCGGCGCUAUUGUUGUUCGCGUCGCGAUAACCAUUGAUAAGGCGGGCGCAAGCCGCGCCUCUAUCAACAGCGGUGCAGUGUGAGAAGAGUGUGGACCGUGGGGCCGCGACCCGCCCGGUCCGGGGUCCGUCGCGACGCCUCCAUGCUUAGCUUCAAAGCGUUUCAUUUUCCGUCAACGGAUUAAUCGUAACGAAGUUUUUUUUUAAUAUUUACUGUGCAAAACUAUGGUUUGAAUUCAAUGGAUAUGUGAUAAAACGUCAUUCAUUAAAAAAGCCCCGGAACAUUAAACGUCUUUUGCCUUCUUUAUCAUAAAUGUACGUCAUAAACGUAUCAGUCCAGUACUUCUGUUAAAUUGGAAAAAAAUAUAAAGGAGUAAUUACAACGAGACGUCCGGAGCCGACAGCUUUUGUGAUCUGUUAAUGAAACGCUGAUAAAAUAAAUAAAGCCAUGGUGAACGCACAACGAACAGAGCGGAGCAGCCGGGAGGGACCGAGCCGCGUGCAGCUUCGGGCUGGAGCUUGAGCCGUCCCCGGGACAUGUGACGAAAACUUUAGUCGGUCAGAGAUGGCGCACUCCCCACUGGACGAGAUCGAAGAGCUGACGCUGUGUCCGUGCUGCCGGCGCCCCUUCGACGAGGACGAACACGCACCCAAGCUCCUCGCGUGUCGACACCAUUUCUGUUUGCGAUGCGCCCGAACCGUGCUGGGCCCGGGCCGAGAAAUCUACUGCGCGCACUGCUGGAAGCGCACAUCGCCCCCUGGCGGACAGGUCGAGGCACUCCCCACGCACGCCGCCCUGCUGGCACUCACGCGCCACUUCGCCCCCGACCCCGCCUGUACGGAGCACGCGCAGCCCGCGCUGUGGUGUCUGUCGUGCGGCGUGCGGGCCUGUCGCGCCUGUCCUGACCACUCCACCCACACGCUGCGGUCGCCUGGUGAAGCCCGCGCCGUGCUGCGGGCCGAGAGCAAAGAGUUGCGCGCUGACCUGCAGCGUCUCGCGGUGAGACAGCGGGACUUACUGCUGCGCGCACUCGAUGCCACCACUGCGCUUAAGCUGCGCCUCGAGAACCAGCUGGCGGCACCGCCCCUUGAUCAUUACCCGGCGGCCGAGGCGUGUUCUCUGCGGGCCUGUGCGGCAGAGCGGGAUGUGCUUAAGGUCCGACAUGCGGAAGCACUCGUGCAGGCUAGAGUCGAUGACCUCAUCCGAUCAGCGCCGGCACCGCUUGACUUCGAUAGCUUGACGCGAGCCUUGAGAAUCACGGAGACGUGGGCGGCAUCACCGGCGCCGGGGCCCGGGGAUCCGCUUGUUCUACUCGCCAACUACUGUGCGGCACAGGUGUGGGCGCGCACAACACACGGUCGCGUCGAGGACGGAGGAUGCGAAACAGCCACAGUGGAGAAGGGAGGGCAAGGAAGAGAAACGCCAGCGGUUCGCGCUCCAACGCCGUUUCCGUUAUUCUACUUCGAGCUGGAGGUGGACGGAUCGCCCUUCGGACGCAUCGUGAUCGAGGUGCGCGAGGACGUAGCCCCUCGAAUGGCACGUAACUUCGCGGCGCUGACGACCCGCGAACCAGGAUCUGGAUACCGCGGCUGUGCAGUGUUCCAGUGCUGGGAGAACGAGAGCGUGAUCACGGGGGACUUUGAGCAUAACAAUGGCCGCGGCGGGCGCAGCGCUUUCGAGGAGACCUACUUCAUGCCCGACGAGACGCGGUUAGCGGCGGUGCGCGGUUCGGUCGGUAUGCGUCGCUCACAGAAGCGCCACGACAACCAGGGUCUAGUGGGGUCACAGUUCCGUAUAGUAUUGCGCGAGAUGCGCGGUUUCACUGCUAUCUUCGCGGCGGUCGUGGAGGGGCUAGAGCUGGUGGAUCGACUGAGUCGCACGGGAGACAGCGCCGGCAAGCCGAGCUCCACGAUCCUGAUUUCCGCAUGCGGCAAGCUCAACUGAUUGAUCUCCGUCAUAUCACUCUUCAUCUUCGUCAUCAGUGGAACUUUCUGAUUAUUCGGACCAAUCUUUUAAUUUAUUCAGCGGCUCGAAUAUAUUUUUGUAUGCGUAGUUUACGGUUUCGAAGUAUUUACGCGUUCUAAGUUCGUCCUUUUUACCCUCGAGUAGUCCCUGUAGCAUGAGCGUGGUCUCGUGAAGAAGUUGACCGAAUUUAUAUUUUGUAAGCGAAUCCACGUGGUACUUUAUCGAUGUCGUGGAUCUUUGAUCGGAGACUGCGUUCGCGGCCGAUCCUUACAUGUUACUGAAUGUGUAGUUAGUUGUUGUAUCUUGGUUGUCAAACACAUGCGCGUCAAUAUUAUGUACUAAUGUUAAACAUUAUAACGAAGUCUGUCGCGACGCAGAUGUGGCGAGUGGGCGCGUUGGAGGAGGGGGAGGGGAGGGAGGAGGGGGAGGGGAGCGGGUGCGCACUCGCGUCGACGAAUGGUAUGAUGAAGCGGCGAGUUUAACGAGACUGUGAUGGCGCGCGAGGGGCGCCCUCCACCAGACAGUGCCUGCUUUUUACCUAUAUAUGUACAUUAUAUAUUUACUUGUAUUGGACGUUAUAACGUUAAAAUUUUAUCCUCGGUGUUGUUAAGUUUGAUUUUUCUCUUUUAGCAAAAUUUAUGGCGGGCGUCGGCGUUGUUCGCCGGCCCCCUCUUACUGUGGCCUGUGUUCUGUGUCGCAUGUACUGACGUUACGUACAUAGGUGGGGUAGUUACUUGUUAAGUGUUGUGAGCGAGUAUUUUGUGUCUGAUGAGGAAACCUCAAAAAUAAACAUGUCUGUGGAAGAA